CCCAGACUGGCAGUCCAUCCUCCUCCUUCUUCCUUUCCCCGUCUACCUCUCUUUUCUUCUCGUUUGUGUUUCUGCAAGCAACGUGCUUGACACCACUCGUUCGCUUCUCUUCGGUGCUUCUCCCACCCCCUUUUCUUGACGCUUUGUCCAGGGGAUCUUUUUGUGCCGUCGCCGUUUCUCAACCUCCGUACCCCCCAAACAAGACUUUCGCCAUGUCUUCGCCGACUGCGAAUGGUUCACCCGUCGCGUCCCGCGACUCUCCCACUCCCAGCGGUGGUAAGGAGUCGCCUUUCGUUGAACGCAGCAACCCCAUGGGCUCCGGCAUGGCCCAGACGGUUAGUUCCCGCGACCCGAAGGCCGCAGCCCAGGCUGCCACCGAUAUGAAGAACGUCGUGCGCCGCAAGCUCACCGGCUACGUCGGUUUCGCCAACCUGCCCAACCAGUGGCACCGCAAGAGUGUCCGCAAGGGAUUCAACUUCAAUGUCAUGGUUGUCGGUGAAUCUGGCCUCGGAAAGUCUACCCUCGUCAACACUCUGUUUAACACCUCCCUCUACCCCCCGAAGGAGCGCACCGGCCCCAACGCCGACAUUAUCCCCAAAACCGUGUCGAUCCAGUCAACCAGCGCCGACAUCGAGGAAAACGGCGUGCGUCUCCGCCUGAGCGUUAUCGAUACCCCCGGAUUCGGUGACUUUGUGAACAACGAUGACUCGUGGCGCCCUAUUGUCGAGAACAUCGAGCAGCGCUUCGACACCUACCUUGAGGCCGAGAACAAGGUUAACCGCAGCAACAUCGUCGACAACCGUAUCCACGCCUGCGUUUACUUCAUCCAGCCUACUGGUCACUCCCUGAAGCCCCUGGACAUCGAGGUGAUGCGCCGCCUGCACACCAAGGUUAACCUGAUUCCCGUUAUCGCCAAAUCCGAUACCCUGACCGAUGAGGAGAUUGCCCUGUUCAAGGAGCGCAUUCUUUCCGAUAUCUCCCACCACUCGAUUCAAAUCUUCGAGGGCCCCCGCUACGAGCUUGACGACGAGGAGACUAUUGCCGAGAACCAGGAGAUUAUGUCCAAGGUGCCCUUCGCCGUGGUUGGUGCCAACGCCGAGGUCACCGCCGCCGAUGGCCGUCGUGUCCGUGGCCGUAGCUACCCCUGGGGUACCAUCGAGGUCGAUAACGAGGAGCACUGCGACUUCGUCAAGCUGCGCCAGAUGCUGAUCCGCACCCACAUGGAGGAGCUCAAGGAGCACACCAACAACUUCUUGUACGAGAACUACCGCUCGGACAAGCUCACCCAGAUGGGUGUUGCCCAGGACCCCAGCGUGUUCAAGGAAGUCAACCCGGCCGUCAAGCAAGAGGAGGAGCGCGCCCUGCACGAGCAGAAGCUGUCGAAGAUGGAAGCCGAAAUGAAGAUGGUCUUCCAGCAGAAGGUUUCCGAGAAGGAAAGCAAGCUCAAGCAGAGCGAAGACGAACUCUAUGCCCGACAUCGCGAGAUGAAGGAUCAGCUCGACCGGCAGCGCCAGGAGCUGGAAGAAAAGAAGAACCGCCUCGAGAGCGGACGCCCAAUCGAAGAAAAGGGCAAGCGCAAGGGCUUCUCCCUUCGUUAAGACGAAUCCUUCCUGUGCCGUUGACGGCUGAAACCCAUCAUCACUCGCGCUCACUUUUCCCCAUUUCCUUUACAUGUCUCAAUCCCACACUCCCUUACUCCCCUAACGCAGUUUUGUGUGUUUUUUCUUCCCUUUUACUUCCGCUGGAUGGGCCACGCAUCGCAAAAAGAAUGGUUUUGAUAAUACGAUCCGUUGCGGGUCGGCUCUGGGACCUUUUUACCCUUCUUGUGAUGUAAUUUUUGCUACGCCAUAUCUUGUUCUUGUCCGCUUUCUGUGUGCCCUAUUACCCGCUCAUUUCGUUUAUUUUUUCCUAGUCAUCGGACAUGUGGUUCUUGCCGCUUGUCUAUAUGUUAGUCAAUUGCAGCGCUUCGGUAAUCCCUUACU